GCCCUUGAUCUAGUUUCAAGCGUUUAUUUUAUGACUGCUAGCCUUUCACUGAUGCACAUGAUUCCGAAGAAGCGAUUGGUCGAGGGCGGUGUCUGUCAGACGGUAAGGGCGUAGCUCUGUAUUUCGUUCACUGUCAGAGCUCGAGGGACGAAACGAAGGGUUCGUUUCCGUUUGUAGGCUGCGGAAACCGAGUUUCACAGUGCUACACAAGCCGAACAGAGACCGAUUGGAGCUCGAUCCUACGACGGAGAGGAGGAAAGAGGACAGUAAUUGCGGAAGACCUUGUAAUCAAAAUACCGUCCAAAUUUACACUAAUAUUAUACUUUAAUAGCACUCAAACCCAGUGCCUGCGAAGAUGGGAGACAAGGCGGGGACCAGAGUCUUCAAGAAGUCCAGCCCCAACUGCAAGCUCACAGUAUACCUGGGGAAGAGAGACUUUGUGGAUCACCUAGACCAUGUAGAUCCAGUGGAUGGAGUGCUACUCAUAGACCCAGAAUACCUAAAAGACAGAAAAGGUAAGCCGUGUCUCUGUCUCUCUCGCUCUCUCUCUCUCCCUCUCUCUGUCUCUCCCUUACUUUCUCUCUCUGUUCAGGCCUGUGGAGUAGACUUUGAGGUCAGAGCCUUCUGCGCUAAGACUGUAGACGAGAAGAUACAUAAAAGGAACUCAGUGCGUCUGGUGAUCCGUAAGGUGCAGUACGCCCCAGAGAAGCCUGGUCCUCAGCCCAUGGUGGAGACAACACGAUCCUUCCUACUGUCAGAUAGAUCCCUACACCUAGAGGCCUCCCUGGAUAAAGAGCUCUACUACCAUGGAGAACCUAUCAGUGUGAAUGUCCAUGCGACCAACAACUCCACCAAAACAGUCAAGAGGUUGAAAAUCUCAGUUCGCCAGUAUGCUGACAUUUGUCUGUUCAGUACGGCUCAGUACAAGUGUCCUGUUGCACAGGAAGAGGCAGAUGACCAGGUGUCCCCCAGCAGUACAUUCUGUAAGGUGUACACCCUGACUCCCACGCUCACCAACAACCGAGAAAAGAGAGGCCUGGCUCUGGAUGGCAAGCUGAAGCACGAAGACACCAAUCUGGCCUCCAGCACUAUAGUGAAAGAUGUGUCCAAUAAGGAGGUUCUGGGGAUCCUGGUGUCCUACAGAGUCAAGGUCAAACUAGUGGUGUCUCGCGGAGGGGAUGUCUCGGUGGAGCUGCCUUUUGUUCUAAUGCACCCCAAACCCUCUGACCUACCCAUCUCCAGACCUCAAUCAGUCGUCCCAGAAACAGAUGCCCCAGUUGGCAGUAACCUGAUAGAGUUUGAGACAAAUAAUUUCUCUCAGGAUGAUGACUUUGUGUUCGAGGACUUUGCCCGUCUGCGGCUGAAAGGAACGAAGGACGAUAAGGAUGAGGAUGACCACUUGUGCUAGCUCUCCCUCCCCCAGGAUCAUGCACCUGAACCUGGGGAGAGGUGCCAGGCGAGUCCCUGGUCUCAUGUUGUCUCCAGGCCAGUAGGCUCAACUUCAGAAAGGGGGAGCAGGAGCACUCAUAUGUAUUCUAUUUUUCACCCCCCCCCCCCUCUACUUCUUCUUCUCCUUCUUCUUCUCUCUUCUUUCUUGUACAUCUUUGAUGGGAUUUUCCAUUUCUACGAGUUUGUUUUGUCACGAGUUUGUUUGAGAAACAGAGAGAAUGAAGGAUGAAACAGAGAUAAUGAGAGAGAGAGAUGGAGGGAUUUAUAGGAGUGUCGAGUCCACAGUCUCUGUUUUAGGAAAUCCUUCUAUAUGUUUUGGAUCCAUUCUUUGAUUCAGGGUUGAUGUUCUAUAUGCUCUAUAGGUCCCAGCUUUAUAAGAACUGGGUAGACAGACAGAUAUACAUUUGUCAUUAUUUACAUGAUUGAAUACCAUGUACCUAAGGUUGCAAAAUUCCCCAAAUUCCCAGAUUUUCCCAAAAUUCUGGUCAGAAGAAUCUGGAUUUCCAACUUAUUCUCCCCUGAUUCUGGGAAUCUUCCAUCCAAGAUCCAACCAAGAUUUCUGGUAAAACCUGGGAAUUUUGAGGAAAGUUUGGGGAAUUUAGGCAAUCCUAUAUGUAACUGUAAUGUACAGGACUGCGAUGCUGCACAACUACUUAGAGGGAACAUGAGUUUAAUAGUUGAGUUAAUUACAUUGUUAUGACAUAGUUAUAACCAGUUAUUACACUGUAAUUAUAUUGUUGUUAUUACACCUUUACCUUAUCCUUGACACCCAUUAUACCCACUAUGUAACUCAAUACUUUACCCCUUUAUGGCAAGUGUGAAACGAUUACAUAUCCUCACAGUGAGGGAGUGAGUGUGUAAGUGUCCUGUGUGUGCAGUGCACUUAGUUAUUGUCGCGGGGUGUAAAGUGUACUUACAGUCAGCUACAGUGAGCGUCUCAGUGUAGUUAAGUUACACUGAGGGUGUGAGUGUGAUGCAGUCAGCGUGA